AUGCACAUCAACAACCCAGACCAAGACUCCUCAUCGUUGUUUCUCCCAUCCAUCUUCGUCCGCCACCACCCCCUGCUCACUGCGACGCUUCACCGCGUUGUCGCUUACUCUGCACCUGCAGGCCUUCAAAAGUCCCGGCUGUUGUUCAACAUGACUGCAGGCGUCGCCACCACUCCGGUCGCCAACAAGGAGAACAUUCCCGUUAAGCGAUUCUCGACCCCCCAAUCCGUCGACAAGCUAUACAAGCCCUUCAAGUGUCCCGGGUCGGCAGCGAAAACAGUCUCAACCGACAGGCCGGUCCGUAAGAAGAGAAGGGUUGAUUACAAGGGUGCCGAUGGCGAGAACGAGGCCGACAAGCCUUACACCAACGCCGAUCGGCUUGCUCUUUCCAACCGCGAUGCAAACAUGUUUCCUGUCUUCCAGGCAAAGGACAAAUCGACAGUCUUCCGCAAGGCCUUCUCGAUACCUCUGAUCAACAAAAACUCCGCAGCAUACAACCCCAACCGCCCCCCUCCCACCCUUGGCCUUCGUACCGGUGCUACUUUUAUCGCGAAGCCAUUGCACGACCCCAGUGGCGAGUUCUCCAUUGUGCUUUACGACCCGACCGUGGACGACAAGCCCAAGGUCCCCGAAAAGAAGCAAGACAACAAGGAUGCCGAGGCCGAGGCUAAGAUUGAUGCGCCUCUCGUCCACAAGAGCUUGGCCGAGAUCCUCGGGAUCAAGAAAAAGGUUGAAGGAGAUCACCCCAGAGUACCCGUUGUCAUCGAUCCGAGACUGGCCAAAGUUCUCAGGCCACACCAAGUCGAGGGUGUCAAGUUCAUGUACAGAUGCGUUACGGGCAUGAUUGAGGAGAAGGCCAAUGGCUGCAUCAUGGCCGACGAAAUGGGUCUUGGCAAGACGCUUCAGUGCAUCACCCUGCUUUGGACUCUCCUCAAGCAGUCCCCGGAAGCCGGCAAAAGCACCAUUCAGAAGGCCAUCGUCGCGUGCCCUUCCAGUCUGGUCCGCAAUUGGGCCAACGAGCUGGUGAAAUGGUUAGGCGCCGACGCCAUCACGCCCUUCGCAAUCGACGGAAAGGCGUCAAAGGAGGAAUUGACGCGCCAGCUGCGCCAAUGGGCUAUUGCUAGCGGCAGGUCAGUCACCCGGCCAGUCAUCAUUGUGUCCUACGAGACCCUCCGUCUCAAUGUCGAGGAGCUCAAACACACCAAGAUUGGUCUCAUGCUUUGCGAUGAGGGACAUCGUCUCAAGAACGGAGACAGCCAAACGUUCAAUGCGCUCAACAGCCUCAACGUCACACGACGCGUCAUCCUGUCCGGAACACCCAUUCAGAACGACUUGUCCGAAUACUUCGCCCUGAUCAGUUUCGCCAACCCCGACCUGCUAGGUACUCGCCUGGAGUUCCGUAAGCGAUUCGAGCUUCCCAUUCUACGGGGUCGCGACGCCGAUGCGUCCGAGAUCGACAGGAAGAAGGGCGAUGAGUGCUUAUCCGAGCUGCUGGGCAUUGUCAACAAGUUCAUCAUUCGACGCACCAACGACAUCUUGUCAAAGUAUCUGCCUGUCAAGUAUGAGCAUGUCGUCUUCUGCAACCUCGCACCAUUCCAGCUCGAUCUGUACAACUACUUCAUCACCAGUCCCGAGAUUCAGGCCCUUCUUCGCGGCAAGGGCAGUCAGCCUCUCAAGGCCAUCAAUAUCCUCAAGAAGCUCUGCAACCACCCGGACCUACUCAACAUUGCGGACGACUUGCCCGGUUCAGAAAACUGCUACCCUGACGACUACGUUCCCAAAGAAGCGCGUGGCCGAGACAGGGAUAUCAAGCCUUGGUACUCGGGAAAGAUGCAAGUCCUCGACCGCAUGCUUGCACGCAUCCGUCAGGACACGAACGACAAGAUUGUCCUUAUCAGUAACUACACACAGACUCUGGACUUGUUCGAGAAGCUGUGUCGCUCCCGCGCGUACGGCUGUCUGCGUCUCGACGGCACCAUGAACGUCAACAAGCGCCAGAAGCUGGUCGACAAGUUCAAUAACCCCGACGGAGAGGAGUUUGUCUUCCUCCUCAGUUCCAAGGCUGGUGGCUGUGGUCUCAAUCUCAUCGGCGCCAAUCGCUUAGUCCUGUUUGACCCCGACUGGAACCCCGCCGCUGACCAGCAGGCUCUCGCUCGUGUCUGGCGUGACGGCCAGAAGAAGGACUGUUUCGUCUACCGCUUCAUCGCUACCGGAACGAUCGAGGAGAAGAUCUUCCAGCGUCAGUCUCACAAGCAGUCCCUUUCCAGUUGCGUCGUCGACUCGGCCGAAGACGUCGAGCGUCACUUCUCGCUCGACAGCCUGCGCGAGUUGUUCCAGUACCGCCCUGGAACGAACUCUGAUACGCACGAUACGUUCAAGUGUAAGCGGUGCAAGCCCGAUGGAAGGCAGUAUAUCAAAUCGCCCGCCAUGCUGUACGGCGACACGAGCACGUGGAAUCAUUUCGUCAACGAGGGAUUGAAGCCGAUCCAGGACCUGCUGCUACGGCAGGAGUGUGGCGAGCCUGAGGUGUCGGCGGUGUUCCAAUAUAUUUCGCAUUAG